GCUUCCGCGUGUGUGUAGGCCCGGGAUAGGGCGGCGGCCGGUGGCGGCCUCGGCAUGGAGGAUGGCUUCGCUCUUGUUACAGCUGGCGGUGCUCGGUGUCGCGCUGGUGGCCGCAGCCCUCAUAGUGAUUUUCGUUGUUGCAUUUGUAACUGCUACAAAAAUGCCAUCACUUCAUCGACAUGAAGAAGAGAAGUUCUUCUUAAAUGCCAAAGGCCAGAAGGAAACUUUACCCAGCAUAUGGGACUCACCUACCAAACAACUUUCUGUUGUUGUGCCUUCAUAUAAUGAAGAAAAACGGUUGCCUGUGAUGAUGGAUGAAGCUCUGGGCUAUCUAGAGAAGAGACAGAAACAAGAUCCUACGUUCACUUACGAGGUGAUAGUAGUUGAUGAUGGCAGUAAAGACCAGACUUCAAAGGUAGCUUUUAAAUAUUGCCAGAGAUAUGGAAGUGACAAAAUACGAGUGAUAACGCUGGUGAAGAAUCGUGGGAAAGGCGGAGCUGUUAGAAUGGGUGUGUUCAGUUCUCGAGGAGAAAAGAUCCUUAUGGCAGAUGCUGAUGGAGCCACAAAGUUUCCAGAUGUCGAGAAAUUAGAAAAGGGACUAAAUGAUCUACAGCCCUGGCCUGUGAGAGCCCACCCCUUUGUGGAAGGACUCUCAGGGCAGUCGUGUGGCAGGCCCACAGAUUAUGUAAUGCAGUCAUUUAUAUUUUGUCUUUGUUUUCAGCGUUCUUACUUCCGUACUCUUCUCAUGUAUGGGUUCCACUUUCUGGUGUGGUUCCUUUGUGUCAAAGGAAUCAGGGACACACAGUGUGGGUUCAAAUUAUUAACUCGAGAAGCAGCUUCACGGACGUUUUCAUCUCUGCACAUUGAACGAUGGGCAUUUGAUGUAGAACUGCUCUACAUAGCACAGUUCUUUAAAAUUCCAAUAGCAGAAGUUGCUGUCAACUGGACUGAAAUUGAAGGUGUGUAUUGUUUAUUUUUUGGCUGA